UUCGGGUCCCUCGACUGGUGGACUCGACAAUUGAAAAACGAGGAAGAAGUCUGGGAAGGGGGGAAAUGUCCACGCAUGUGAGACGCUCUCUGAUUGGUCGACUGGCUCGGUUCACGUGAUCUUCUCGUGUGACGUCACUGAACCUGAGGGCAGAGCCAAAACGAAACUUUUUUUUCGUGUGCUCUCAGUGUGUCAGUUCGUCUCCCGUCUUCGGGACGUGUUGGUCGUGUGUGUGUCGAAUUGCGUUAGUGUCUUGGUUGUCAAAAUUGAAAAUUUACAAAAAUCGGGACGCCAUUUUUUCGUGUGCGACACACAAAAUCACCGCGACAAAACACACACGGCAGACAUCAUCCCUCCCAACUUGUACUAGUCGACACCAGUGUGUUUGAAUGGUCAGGACAUUGUCCUUGCCCAGUUUUAAAACCCCAACAUUCAUGUGGAUAUCGACAGUUGCCAAAAGGACGUGGAAGACGGGAAGUUAUGCAAGUGGAUGCUAAAAUGUAUCUCGCUGCUAGUCCCCCACUUUUCGUCAGUCCGCUCAUGGGUCCGCUAGAUGUCAGCACUGGUCGCCGUCGCCAACCCUUUACGUCGUCUUAUCGCCUUCGCCAACCCGCCACCACCACCACCGUCGUCAGCUCGUUGAACGGAAUCAACAGUCUUGGUUUCGAUUUUAGCGCCAUGACGCUGUCGCCGGCAUUGAUGAGGAGCGCAGCUGCUGCCGGAUCCAUUGGCCGCCGCAACUCACCCCUCAUGUGCAGCCAAAUCCGCGGCGCUUCGGUGGUGGCCAACGCUCCACUCCGGUCCUGUCUGGUGGUCCGGACUGAUGCGGCGGAAUCACCAUCAUCACCACAGGAGGAUGCAGCCAUUUCGGAGCCAUCGUCGCCCGUCAGCGAAGAUGCGGCCGAACCGGCGUCGCCCACCAAGUUGAAGAAACGGGUCGUCUUUGCCGAUGCUAAGGGACUCUCGCUGACACAAGUCAAAAUGAUGACGGAACCCAGCGAUUGCCCGCCAAGAUGGACGGCCGAAUUUCUGGAGCAGGUGACGGGUGGUGCCUCGGCGGAAGUUGCAGCCGAUCGAUGGGAACUGACUUUUGCUCAGCCGGCCUGCGAUUACUUAGACUUCCGAUCCCGGCUGGACAAGCAGAAUAUCUCGUUGGAAAAUGUCCUAGUCCAGGAGGCGGACCAGCAACUGGUGGGCACCGUCAAAGUCAAGAAUCUGUCCUUUUCCAAGCAGGUGACGAUCCGAGUGACUUUCGAUAACUGGGCAACACAGACGGACGUGGAGGCUACGUUCGUGCCCAGUGGGCCCCAAGGUGCGACCUCGCUGGCGGCCAUCAACUUAUUCGACACCUUCUCAUUCAAAAUCUCGAUUCCGGUGGUGGUGCCUUCUAACCGUAUCCAGUUUUGCAUCCGCUUCAAGAGCGACGCGGGAGAAUUCUGGGACAACAACAUGGGCAAGAACUACGUGGUCAUCAAGCCCAUUAUCGAGUCCAUCAAGAUUAGCGGAACCAACCCGGCCCUCAGCUUGAACAACGCCGGGUUCAUUAACGGUCUGACGGCCAACUCGAGGCGGGCCGUUUCCGGCAAAUACUCGGACCUGAUGUCGCCCAAUUCAAAAAUCGACUACUGGGCCGAAUUCGCCAGCUGGAACCACUUAGUCAACGAUUCCCCCUAUUGGUGAAAUUUACAAAAAGAAAACAAUUGCCAAUACGGGGCUAUUUAAGUGUUUUAACAAUAGAAAAAGAAAAAAGAAAAACAAUUAAGUUUCACGAGUGUAUGUGUGUGGCCCGAGACCACGGAAAUUCACACUUAACUAGCCAAUGGUGUUCCCGGUCGAGGAUCCCCCAACGUACCUGAACUCUUCACUUGAAAAAAACAACAAAACAAAAACAGCUCUCUCAUCUUCUUCUCACCCCCGACACAUCUUCUUUCAUCACACACAAACACACACACACACAAUGAAGCAAGAGUGCAUAGUUUUCAACGACUUGGAGAGACCCUCUUCCUGCGCGGGAUUCCGUUAGCCUUAGCCUCUGAAUUACGAAAUGAAAAAGGGAAAACAAUUAUUCACGUUAUUCAAUUGUGUUAUGUUAUAUCCGUCGUGCCAAAAAAAAAAGUUAUUUUGUUUUUUUGGCUCAUGUAUGUAAGAGGAUGUCAGUGUGUGUGUAUAUGGCCAUUUUCAAGUUUUUCCGUCUCUCCCUACCGCCCCAUUUUUCGCUGAACCAUCACAAUGUCUGUGUGUAGGUGAGUGUAUAUUUCGUGCAGUUUGUGCUUGUUUUGGAAUCCCGAAAAUCUCUCAUCCCACCUGCCUGCUGCUCCUGCUGUUAGUGUGUGUCUCUCCUUGUUUAUACUUUUUUUUUUUUUUAAAUACUUGUGUCUUGUAGAUUUUGUUUUUUCGCCCCCCAAUUUUUUCUUUUGGAUGACGAUGAUUUCAUUUGGUGGUAGAUAAUGUUCAAUGAAUUUGUUUCGGAUUUCAUGGCAGAAAUGGUCUCCAAUUGUGUGUCAAAUAUGGGCUGUUUAUCUGCACAGGGCAAUACCAACUUUACAUAUACAUUCAUUAUAAAUAUUAAUUUACAUGCGUCAUCAUAGCAAUCAAUUUGAUGUUUUCAUCAUCACCUAUUUACAACCGUCCUCCCAUGCUCAUCUCUUACGCGUCUGAAUAUUGCGUGCUUGUGACCAUGUACGAGGCUAAAUCAACCAAUCGGGAUCAUUUGUCGUUUUAAAUCAGAAAAGAGAGCCUUAUAUUGACGAUGCUUUUUUCCGUGUACAGAAAUAAUCUUCCAGCGAAGUGAAGCUCUUCUAGCGAAUCAAUUUACGUCUAUUACGAUACAAGCCGAUCACUGGUGUAUUUGUGGAUUUUUUGGGGAGCCGACUCUAUUUUUGUACGUGUCACACAGUGCGCUAUCUAGUAUGGAUGGAGUAUAUAUUAUAUAUCGUUGUCAUGAUUCAUUUUGUGAUACAACAACAACAUGUUUUUCUCUCCUUUCCCCCCGGGUGGAUUGUUCUUGCACUUCGUUCAGCCCGCAAUAAUAAUAAAAAAAUAUACAGUUACACAUA